AUGGCUCAAUCGCCGGUGAACUAUAUUGGAGUGAACACGUUUGAAAAGCGAUUAGAAAAACGAACAAAUCAAGUUCAGUUAUUUCUUUGGAUAAAGUCAUUAAGAGAAGAGAUGAACGUUGAAUGCAAGAAUAGUCAGGAUAGAAUCAGCACUCUUCCUCAAGACACAAUUGAAAAAAUUCUUACUCAUAUGCCAAUCCGAGAUGCAGUGAGGACAAGCAUCUUGUCAAGGAAAUGGAGGUAUUCUUGGACAAGAAUGCCGAAGCUUGUAUUUGAUGUCAACAUGUAUUGGAAUGAUAUGGCUAGAAAAUAUACAAAUACAGAGCUUACCGAGCGUGAUUUGGUUAAGCUUUAUAAGUGUUUACCUUUAGUUCAGGUUCUGAAAGUCUCCAAGUUGUAUAUCAAGGACUUGGGUGUAGGUAGUAAUAGUAUGCCACAUAAGCUCCCCAUUUCACUACCCCACUUGAGAAUACUUGUUCUUGGUGUGUGUUUCGUUGACCUUUCGACUGUUCUAUGUGUGAUCAGCAGCUCUCCAAAUUUGGAGAAGAUCAAAGUGGAGAUGUGUCAGGACCAUGAUUGCCAGUGUAUUCGACAAACUUUCAAUAACUUGCCUGAUAUUCAAGAAGACUACUCGGGCAUCAACUUGGAUCAUCUCAAAGAGCUGGAUAUAACAAACUUCCAUAACCAUGGUGUUGAGAUGGAGUUUGUGAAGCUCAUCAUGGGUAAGUCACCUGUGCUAAAGAAAGCACGGAUAGAGCUUCAUUAUCGUGUUUCUGUUAAUGAAGAAGUGAAGAUGCUUCGAGGUUUGGUGCACAUGCCAUUACCACGUCCAUCACCAGCAGUUGAUUAUGACAUUUUUACACUUUUAUAUUCUCCAACUAAUCUAUCCACUUAUUUUGAUGCUUUACCAUUAAACACAAGACUUCCAGAGUUGGAGAGCGAAAAGAAGAAAGAAGAAAGAAGAAAGAAGAAAGAAGAAAGAAAUGAUGUGAGGGUGUGA